AGUUGAAGCUCACUUGCCACCUUUUAAAAGUGAUCUCUGCAGCAUUCCAGAGCCACUGAAGUAUGCAUCUUGACUGGGAGAGUCCAGUUUCUCUGCUAGCACAGAAGAAGAUUUUUAACAUGAACAAGAUCCUUUCAGCCACUCUUUGUUUUGGACUCCUAACUUUGUUAUCUGUACUGAUUUUUUUGGAAUUGGUGCAUGGACGGCCAUAUCUGAUCCAAGGAAAUGAAUUGUUUCCAGAUAAAGAAGAUACAAAUCGUGAAGAACUACUGCUGGCUCUACUGAAUAAAAAUUUUGAUUUCCAAAGACCUUCUAACAUUGAUAGAGAACUGGCUAACAAAUUGGAAGAACUUAACCAGGUGAGAAAGCUAAAAGAGCAGUUCAUGGAGGCAAAAGAUGCUGAGAUAUCCUAUGCUAUAGAUGGUCUAUCUUCUUCCCAUCCAAAUAAGCGAGCCUGCUUUUGGAAAUACUGUGUCUGAAGUUUGUUCUCUGGAUACAAAAAGAACACUAGAAAAAAGAUACACAGCUACUCACUACUGCUUGAAGAUUGUAGCUCUUUUAAGCAUAAAGAAAGUGGCAUUUAUUCUGCCCAUUGUAUACUUAAGGUUUAAGUUGUGAAUAAUGACAAAUCGGUUGUCCUUUUGCCUGGCAUGGGCUAUCAAAUGGCCUUGUAGUGGUCAAGUUGACAGUGUUGUAUCUAAUUAUUAUCAAUUAAAAUAUUUUAAAAAGCACCUUGGAAAAUUAAAAUAAAUUAUAUUGUCUCAAUUUAUGGAAAAAAUAUGCAUCAUUGUCCUUUCUCUUUCUUAUGAUUGU